GAAUUUGCGUUCUAGAACGAUAAGUAAAAUAGAAAUUGGCUCAGAAAUAACCUUUUCCCAACACCCAUUCCGCUAUAAAGCGCCCCGGCCGGAUAAGGCACGUAUACCAGCCCCUAUUCUAGCUACAAAGCUGCGCAGUGUUUCGCGGAUUCUACAAGUGUGGAGAGGCGCCUAGUAGUCCAAGGCCUUCCCUGCCGGAUCUCAUUAUUGCCGGACCCCACCUUCUAUUUAUCCCCAGGAGCGCUGGAGCCCCCAUACACGCACAAUUGGCUACACGCUCCGCGUCCUUUCGUUCCUUCUGCUCUUUAGUCGCUGGGUUUGUGUGAUCAAACGCUCGGCCCGGUCUCCGCUUUCCGUACCGUCAACCCCAUAAUGGCGGCCGGAUCCGCUUCCAAGAUGGCCGCCGGCCCAUGUGGAGCAGACACGUGAUCUUGCGUGCCGACGUCACGGCGCUCUUUUCGGUGUCUAUGGCAACAGAAACGCGUCAGGAAAGCUUCCAACAUGCCCACCGUGUCUGCAGCGCCUCCUCAUUCCGGACUUCCAAAAAAGCGAAUAUACGGCACCAUCCACGAAGCUGUGAGAGGAGGAGAUGUAGAGCAACUGGCGGCCAUUGUGCAGAGCGGAACAGGCAUUAAUGAUCCCGAUCCACUUCACAAGUUCACCCCGCUGCACUGGGCUGCGCACUCGGGAAGCCUGGAGUGCCUCCAUUGGCUGCUUUGGCACGGUGCAGACGUCAGCGAUGUCACCACGAGAGGAUGGACGGCCGCUCAUCUGGCAGCGAUUAGAGGGCAGGAUGCCUGUAUGCAGGCACUGAUUGUUAAUGGAGCAGAUCUCUCGGCUAAAGACGACCGGCACUGCUGCCCCGCACACCUGGCUGCCGCCCAUGGCCAUUCCUUUACUUUGCAGUCUGUACUUCGGAGCGGUGUGGACAUUAACAGCAGUGACCGGACUGGGUGGAAGCCUGUUCAUUAUGCCGCAUUCCAUGGGAGACUGGGGUGCUUGCAGCUGCUUUUCCGAUGGGGAGCAACCUUAGAAGAUGCAGAUCUGAAUGGGAAUAUUCCAGCUCAUUUGGCGGCCAUGGAAGGGCACCUUCACUGCCUGAAGUUUCUGGUGAGUAAAGCCAGCAGCGUGACUAGAGUUUUGGAAGCAACAAACAUGAACGGUGAGACGCCAAAGGACUUGGCACGCAAGCUAUACAAGGACAACAUCGUUCAAUAUAUAGAUGGCGUGGAAUAUGAAAGGGACCACCCAGAUGAACAAGAAAACUUGGCUUUCCCUGCACACGUGGCUGCCUUUAAGGGUGAUCUGGUGACCCUUAGGAAACUGGUCGAGAGUGGAAUCAUCAACAUUAACGAGCGAGAUGACAAGGGGGCCACUCCCUUGCACAAAGCCGCAGGACAGGGCCAGCUAGAAUGCUUGCAGUGGCUACUGGAGAUGGGAGCAGAUUACAACAUAACCAACGAAGCUGGGGAGACCCCAAAAGAUGUAGCCAAACGUUUUGCCAAGUUGGCUGCUGUAAAGCUCCUAGGAGGGAAUGUGGCAGGAGAAGACUCUGACGAAGAACUUAAUGACGAAGAUCCAGCUUACUUUGAAAGGCACGGAGUGGAGGGGAGCACCGAUCACCCCGAUUAUUUAAGUCUCAGUGAAUCAGAGAAGCAACAAGCACGUGCGCGGGCAUACAAAAGAAUUAAAGAUGUUGAGAAGCUCAUGGAGGUUGCAAAGGGCAAUUACAAACAGCUGGGUGGGAUCCUAGAGGAAGACAACCAACGAAAAAGAGAACAGAAGGAAUAUGAAAGUCAGAUAAAAGAACUGGAGGGCCAGUUAGAAUAUGAACGCUUACGCAGAGAGAAGAUGGAGCUCCAGCUGGAUGAGUACAGAGCGGAGAUCGCUCACCUCAGCAAGAGUCUAGAAAAGAUGAGGCCUCCCUCGACCCCCUCUGGGGAAAAGCUGUCAGACGUUUAUAAAGAGAAGAAGAAGACGAAGAAGAAAGCGACGCAGCCAUCAAAUCCUGGAGGGGUCUUUGUGAGAAGAGUUAGUGGGAAAUAAACAAGUGCUUACAUACUCAUUGUACACAAAUUAGUAUCAGCCAAUCAAUCUCCAGCGGCCAUUGGCACGAUGUGCUGAGAUCUGUCCCGUCUGGCUAACAGCAUUGCAGCAGUCUACUCUCUCCUCCAAUCAGCACUCCAGUUCCCUCAAUCCCCUGCUCACUUCUGUCAUUCUCCUCAUUUGCAAGUAUGUUAAUGACAGAAUGUGCAAGGAAUUGUGGGAAGUGGUGUCCUGGCUGGAGGGGGGCUCCUGCUAACCAGUGCAGAGAAUAGCAAAGGACAGACAUAUAUUGCUUUCAGUUGUAAUUCCAUUUACAAAUCAUUGAACAAAUCAUUGAGCGUUUAAUGUAUAAUGGAAAGUUGGAAAUUAAAGGAACAGUAACAUCAAAAAAUAAAAA